CGGCGGGAGGAGGAGCGGCGCGGACCGCAGCGAGCUGGCGGGGCUCGGCGCGGCGGUCCCUGAAGAUGGCGGCGGCGGAGCCGGGCGCUGCUCCGGGCGGCGGCGGCGGCUCCGUGCCCGUCCUCUUCUGCUUCUCCGUCUUCGCGCGGCCCUCCAGCGUGCCCCACGGCGCCGGCUACGAGCUGCUGAUCCAGAAGUUCCUCAGCCUGUACGGGGACCAGAUAGACAUGCACCGCAAGUUCGUGGUGCAGCUCUUCGCCGAGGAGUGGAGCCAGUACAUCGACCUGCCGAAGGGCUUCCUGGUCAACGAGCGCUGCAAGGUGCGCCUGGUCCCGCUGCAGAUCCAGAUUACUACUUUGGGCAACCUGACGCCCUCAAGCACCGUUUUCUUCUGCUGUGACAUGCAAGAGCGAUUCCGGCCUGCCAUCAAAUACUUUGGCGAUAUCAUCAGCGUGGGUCAACGACUGCUCCAGGGUGCACGGCUCUUAGGAAUUCCAGUUAUUGUGACUGAACAGUAUCCCAAAGGUCUUGGCAGCACUGUGCAAGAAAUUGAUUUAACAGGAGCUAAACUUGUGCUUCCCAAGACAAAAUUUUCAAUGGUGUUGCCAGAAGUUGAAGCAGCAUUAGCAGAGAUCCCUGGAGUCCGCAGUGUCGUCCUGUUUGGAGUAGAAACUCAUGUCUGCAUCCAGCAAACAGCACUGGAAUUGAUUGGCAGAGGUCUGGAAGUUCAUAUUGUAGCUGAUGCCACCUCAUCCAGAAGUAUGAUGGACAGAAUGUUUGCUCUUGAACGUCUCGCUCGUACUGGAAUUAUAGUUACUACUAGUGAAGCCAUAUUGCUGCAGCUGGUUGCUGAUAAAGAACAUCCAAAAUUCAAAGAAAUCCAAAAUCUCAUUAAGGCAAGUGCCCCUGAGUCAGGGCUCCUUUCCAAAGUUUAAAGCGAAUGUGGAGGAAGCUGAUCUCACUGUCCUCUUCAAAGAGGAAGCAGAGUUGUAAGCGCACAUGUACACCUUCUUUCGCUCAAAGUUUGGUGGAAGUGUAAAAAUAAAAGUUGACAUACUCGUGCUUGCCUUAGCAAAAUUGUCUGGUCGUACAUCUGAGUGCCAGUGUGUUCUGUUUAGUUACAGCUGUCAGGGGUUUUGGGUAUCAUAAGACCCCUUUGUUGUCAAAUUUCCGUAUUUAUUUAAAAUAAAGGAGAAAAACUAACAGAGGUGCCUACUAGUCCAUACUAUACACUGAUUGUAACAGAUCCAAAAAAUGCAUAAUUCUGUGACACCUCUUGAUUGUGCGCUUUGUACAAGUGUUCUGUGAUACUCUGUUUUACUUUUGUAUUAGUAGAAGAUAAUUAUGUGUUGGAUAAAUGUGAUGUGAUACGCUUUAAUGUUCUAUGUAAAUGAAGUAUUUUAAUAGGGCAUAAGUUAAAACUGAGUAAGAUAUAUGGAUUACACGUGCGCUUUUGUUCUCUAGGAUAAAAUUUAGGCACUUUGCUUCAUAGGCAAGACAGAUAAAUCAAGCAGCAGCUGAUGUUUGAUUGUCCUAGGUAGCUGAAGCCUGCAUCAUGACUUUUGAAUAUACUGAAAUUGACUGCCCAAGACUGUACUUUACUGAAGUGUAUACAGACAGAAAACUGUCACGUCCUGAGUUCUUUAUAAACAACUGGUGUAAAGUCCUUCAGAACCUGAAAAUAUUACAAAAAUUUUAAAUUGGCAGUGCUAAGGGGAUGUUUAACAAUGAAAACUUUUUCAGGUUCGAAUGCUAAAUCUACUACUACAUUUAGAUUUAUUUUGCCUUUUUCUUUUUUUAUACCGCAUUUUAGUUAGAUUGAAUAAUUCUAUCCAAUUUAUUCAAGUGGGCUCUGAAACAAACCUCAGCCUCUCUAGGUUUUUGCGCUUUUUUUGUGGGCUGCAGUUGGGUGGAGUUUGAAUAGCAUCUGGUCUAAAAGCAUUCUUUAGAAAAAUAGCAUCUUUACCUUAAUGAUACAUAUAUUUUCUAUCUAGAACCAAUCUUUUAACAUGUGAUUGUUCAGAAACGCACUUCCUUCAUGUUCUAGGGGAUUAAAUAAUGUUGUAUAAAGUUUACAGUUUGCCUGAGACAUUUAUUUUUUUAAAAGAGUACUAGAAGAUGUCAUGCUUAACACUAAUCUUUUUGGUAGAAAACCAAUUAGAGUACAUGUGUUGGUUUAAAUUGCUUAUUUUCCCCACAAGAUGGCUCUAAAAGAAUUGUUUCAUAAAUAAGAAUUGUUUCCAUUGUUUCAUAUAACCUUUAUAUGUUCAAAACAAAUAAAGAGUUAACAUUUGCUCUCUCU